AUGGCAGAUACCACUGCCCCUGCAGAGGUGCAGCAAGACUAUGGACCCGAUAUCAGUGAGGAUCCAUCAAGUAUGGUAGAUUCUACUUCCCCUGCAGAGCCGACGCAAGACUAUGGACCCGAUAUCAAUGGGACUCAGGAAGAUUUCAAUGAGAAGUUGUUGCAAGCAGCACAAGACGGUGAUGCUCAGGAAUUGAUUCGCUAUCUUAAAAGGGGGGCAAACAUCAACACGAUGGACGAAUCCCGUUGCACUGUCCUCCACAAAGCCGCACUGAACGGAAGAACAGAAGUAACGCGCAUUCUGCUCGCCCAGAAUAACCUCGAUGUCAAUGCGCAGGACGAGGAUGGGCAGACGGCCCUAUACGGAGCCACUGUAAGGAAAGAAGAAGCUAUCAUAGAGCUGCUGUUGAAGGCUGGUGCAAAAAUCACAAUAGAAACCACUACGGGAGACACAGCUCUCCACCAAGCAGCAUCAGAAAACUACCUACAAGGUGUCGAACUUCUACUUGGCAAGGGAAAGACAACGACUAUCAAGACCAGCAAGGAAGAGACGGCUCUGCUUGUGAAUGAUAUAAAUGGUCAGGGAGACUCAGUUCUGCAUGUAGCCGCUCGACAUGGCAGCGAAGACGUCGUCAAGCUUCUUCUCAAGUGCCAAGUCGAUACGACAGCCUUGGACAAGGGUCAAAAAACAGCAUUAUACAGGGCUUUUGAAUACGAACAGAUCUACGUUGUCAAGCUCUUACCUCACCAGGACGACUCACUCAAGUCCCCAGAUACCAACGAGAUGAUACGACUAGCGUAUGCAACCUUUAGCGGUGAUUUUCCACUGGUACGGGAGUUGAUGAGCAAAGAAGAUUCAGUGAACAAAGAAGAUUCAGUGAGCACGAUCCUCUUACACUGGGCAGCAGCCGGAGGAUCGCAAAAGAUUGCAGAGUUGUUACUUGAAAAGGGCUUUGAUGUCUCCAGCCUAUAUCAAUAUGGCACACCCUUACAUUUCGCCGCCAUAGCUGGGGAAGAAGAGGUUUCACAGCUCCUUCUCAAAAAUGGUGCCGAUGUCAACGCGAAUGAUCAAUAUGGCAUGACGCCCCUUCACUGGGCUGCCGAAGGAGGCUCCACAGAGGUUGUCAAGCUACUAUUGGAGAGGCAGUGUGUCGCUAUUAUUGAUUCAGUAUCAGACGAUGGACAAACGGCAUUACAUUGGGCCACAUUAACGGGAGAAAAAGGUGUCGUUGAGCAUCUAUUGGAGAAGGGUGCGGAUUUCGAGUUGAGGGAUGAGGAUGGAUGUACGCCUUUGCACAGGGCCUGCGUUGAAGGUCAUGCAGAGUUGAUAGAUAUCCUGAUUAAAAAGGGUGCAAACUCCGAAUCAAGACAACGAAAUGGGGGAACGCCAUUGCACCUGGCUGCUUAUAACAACAAGACGGACGCCAUCAGAAAACUACUGAAUCACAACGUUGUCAGCAAUGCCAGGGACGACGACGAUUGGACUGUCUUACACUGGGCUGCAGACAAAGGAAGCAAAGAUGCAAUGGAAUUAGUAUUAUCAUCAUUGAAGAAAGAAAGCACAGGGAUGAUUGCAGCCGAGAACAAGGGCGGGAACACAGCCUUACACCAUGCUUGUGCAGAGGGUCAUUUUGAGGUGGUGAAACUCCUCUUGGAUAAAAUGAAAAACACGAUCGCUGCCCAGGUCGACCGCAACAAAUACGCGCUUGCUGCUGCUGCAAGGAGCGGCGCAGUAGAUGUGGUACAGCUUCUAGUUGACUGGGAGGCAAAUUUGAUGUCUACUGGAUCCGGGGAAGAAAGGAACAUGUUCUCCAUGACAGAGGAGCAGGCUAAGUCAGUUGGAGACAUAUUGUGGAUGAAUGGAAGUCACUGGGAAAGAUCGCCGAGGUCAGCACGCUGUUCGUUGCAAUGGGCAGCUCGAAAAGGAGAUCAAUAUCUAUUGGAGAGCGUCCUAUCUAUUGAUCCCACUCUUUUGAGGGAAGGUAUCCCAGAAGACGCAACAGCCGCAACACCCUUGUACUGGUCUGCAUUUGGCGGUCAAGAAAAGCUUGCGAAAUUAUUGGCGGAGAAAUUGAUGGGGAGUCCCAGAAGAAAGAUGCUCCCGAAGGAAGAUGGACUCAAAGCGCUCAAAAUUGCUGUGAGGAAGGGAUACAACACCAUCGCUCAGGAUCUGUUGGAGAUAAUGUCAAAUGAGCCAGGUGGAGAGACGAACAAAUGGACUCCGCUUCACUGGGCAGUGCACUAUCGAGAUAAAAGUGUUGUUCAGGACAUGCUGCGCAGUGGCGCCAACCCCGAGGAGAGAAUCAACAAAGGGAAAUCGGCUCUUAAGCUCGCUCAGGAGUUGAGCGCCAACGAGAUCCAGACGCUUCUUGAGAAUCCCUUACGGUUUCCUCGAAAGCCGGCUCCUCUGAAACUUCCAGACUCUCCAGGAGAGGGGCCGACAGAUGUCUGCAACACCUUCACUGCGAAUAUCGUCGACUUUUCUCUCUCCGAGGGAACAGAUACCACCCUUCCAAUACAGAAAAGCGUCUACGACAUCAUAUACGGGAGUGGACCAGAAAAGAUAAUGGAGAAAAUUCGGCGGAGUUGGGAUAUCAAGCAGCUUGAACACCAAUUCAGGUGGAUACAUCUUCCAGCAAACAAUGUGAGUGACGGCGCCUAUCCUCGACCAUUGUAA